CGGAUGUAUGUACAAACCACCCGCCGGAGUCCUCGCUCAGUUGCCUCGAACGGAGCUGCCGGAAAUGGUCUUGGGAUACACAGGCUCGACAGGCAGGACAGACCUUAUGGAACCUGGGCUACAACCACCGUCGCCCAUGUUACUGUGUGCUUUAUCAUGCAGACAAGUAGUGAAGGGCCGGCAUCUCCUCCCUCAUGCAGAACACGUUUCCACAACGGAAGCAGUGCGCUUUUGAUUACUAGUGUCCGUACGGUUCAUCCCUGGUUUGUUAGGGCGGAUCCUAAGUAUUUACACAUCUUCCUUCACUUUAACCUUCUUAUAACUAUUCUUUCAUUUUUCUGGUCUUCCUCUUAAUAUAUGUGUUUUAGUUUCUCUUCACUCUACUCCAUUAUUCGUCUUCAUCUUCCCUAUUUUUUCCCCAUCUUUUUUCCAAAAUUUCUUACGUUCAUUGCUUUCCAUCUUUCCAUUGUGUGCCAUGCUAACGGACAAACCAGGGGCUCGAUUGUCAGGUAUCAACUGCCCGUCUUCAGGAACCCCUGCCGUUUAUGGCAGUUUACCCCCUUCGCCUUCCUGUAUCAACUUCGACCGUGCCCUUCCCGAUUCAUUACUCAACUCAUGGACUCUUCGUGCUACUGUUCAGCAGCCACAAAUUCGCCUUCGCGAAUUGACACUUCAAGGUGCCUGCUCUCGAGCCGGAAAACAAUUACGUGGCUGGGCAUUCGUCCUCCGCGCUGUCACUCUCCUUUGCCGAGCUCAGGGCACGCAGUGCGACGAUUCCGUUUCUGAGAAAUGGCCGCUCCUCAAGUCGCUCGACUGAUUAGUCGCAGGACCCAUGCCCUGCCUGGUAGGUCCGCAU